AUGCGUCAAUUAAGUCUUUGGGACAAGCCACGAAGCAGUGUUGGGACGCAAGAUAAUAUCUUUGGGAAUUUCUUACGUUUGAGACUUUGGGUCGACCUGGCACUUGCCCCACUGGACGUAGGACAAUAUCUUUGGGAAUUUCCUACGUUUGAGACUUUGGGUCGACUUAGUGGGAUGCAAAGUCGAAUAAAGAAUUUUUCAAAGGUUUCUCCUGUACGCGAUGAUAAUUCCGG